CCGCCAAUCCAGCAAAAACUGCAGUUCUUAUCUUUGUCCAAUCGAACUUGUCAUGGCGACCCGUUUUUCCUUCGUCUUUUUUCUUCUGCUAGGCUUGGCCUGCUCUCAAAAUCCCACUCCUACGGAGAUCGACAACCCUUUCAAAGGUAUCUGGGUUAUCGUACUCAAAGGCUUCGACCGAAUGGGCGAAGGCAUAGACAAUAUAGAGUUGUGCCUCACUGUUUUCGGCAAGCUUGCUUCGAAGGUCAUGUCCGAAACCACGCAGGACCUGAUUGACACCGGCUUCUCAGGUCCCAAAAACAUUAGAGACUUUGUGUUCAAAAAGUGGCCCUCACUCUUAGGCGGCAACUUUUUAAGGAACCAGCUGAAGUUGGACGGCAAGUGUUGGGCCGAAUCCACAUCGGAUAAGUUCGUCCAGAGUGGAAUUCAAGAGGCGUUGACAUGUUUUGCAACAUUCCCUAAACCUCUUGACAAUGUGAAAACUCUAGGAGGCAAGGUUAAAUCGCAAAUUCAGUGUUUACCUGGGGCGAUCGGCAACAUUUCUAACGCGGACACUCUUACUGGGUUGGGCAAAAAUGUAAUAGACUUUUUUGGCAAGGCGGGCACAAGCAUGGGUGGCGUGGCAUUGGCUGGAGGGAAGACGGGGUUGUCUCUCGCUUCAGGCAUGCCUGAAAUGUUGAUUUGCAUCGGAGGGAAGAAGCUGAUCAAGGAACCGAAGGCCAUCAUCAAGAGUUCAAUCACGUCUAGGGCACACUUGUUCGGCCGCAGGACAAACACGCCCUACAUGACACAGGGCCAUUAUCCAGGUAUUUGCAUACUUUAUCGUCCCGCGUUCGCAACGCUUUGUACCGGCAGCGGCGUCUUAUUGGGAAUAUCGCGUGUUCUCGGACAGAUAAAAGUGGCCUGGAUAAUUUUAGAUGGGUCGGAAUUUGGGCCCGAUGCAUUAUUUAUGGGGCGUAUUAAAUUCUGCGAAAUACACAUUUAUUCGAUGCGCGCGAUGUAUAUGGAUGAAGACGAGGGUCCGGGGGAUAUUUAUGGGAGGCGGCGAAAAAUGUCGGUCAAUUGGCGGAUCGGAGCCGCGCAAAUGGCGCAGUCGGUGGGAUUCGGCAUUAGGGCCCGAAUUACCGCAACACUCGCCAACUUUGCGCCGCCUAAUCGACAGCACACAUAA